AUGGCGUCUGAGCUCCCCAGGAAGAUUCUAAUCUUCGGUGCAACCGGGCUCAUCGGCAAAUAUAUCAUCCAGGAGAUUGUCAGCGCGCAGCCGCCGUUUGAGAAAAUCGGGCUUUUUACGUCGCCCGCUACGGUGGAGAAGAAGGCUGAGGAGAUUCAGGGGUGGAGGGAGAAGGGUGUUGAGGUUGUUGUUGGGGAUGUGAAUGAUGAGGGGGAUGUUAGGGACGCUUACAAAUCCUACGACACCGUCAUCUCCGCCCUCGGCCGCAACGCAAUCCUAACCCAAAUCCCCCUCCUCCGCCUCGCAGCCCAAUCCCCCUCAAUCCGCUACUUCUACCCCUCCGAAUACGGCACCGACAUCGAGUACUCCCCCGCCUCCGCCUCUGAGCCCCCGCAUCAGCUCAAACUGCAAGUCCGCGCGUACAUCCGCGAGCAAGUCCAGGACCUGAGCGUCACGUACCUAGUCACCGGCCCGUACUCGGACCUCUACUUCGCGCCCAGCGGCGCGGGCGCGGGCUCCUUCGACCCGAAAGCGCGGCGCGCGACGCUGCUGGGUACCGGCGAGGAGAAGGUGAGUUUCACGACGAUGCGGGACGUGGGGCGGCUGCUGGUUGCGGCGCUGCGGAUGCGGGCGCAUGGCGCCGAGAGGGUGUUGAAGGUGAAUUCGUUUACGGCGACGGGGAGGCAGGCGGUUGCGGAGUUCGAGGCGCAGACGGGCGGGGCCUGGGAGGUGGAUUAUGUGGGGCUUGAGGAGCUGAGGGCCAGGGAGAAGAGGGCGUGGGAGGAGGAUAAGCCAACUAAGACGGUGUUUACGCUGAGGCGGAUUUGGAUCGAGGGCGGGACGUUGUAUGAGAGGAGGGAUAAUGGUGAGGUGGGGUUGGAGGAGGGGCUGGAGACGCUGGCGGAUCAGGUGAGGGAUGUCAUUGCGAGGUACGGAUAG